AAGCUCCAAAACCCGAAACCAAAUGAACCUUUGGAAGGUUAAACAUCUCUUUUCUUCUUUGGGAGUCGCAUGUAACGUCUUGGAGCUUGAUCAAGUUGAUGACGGGCCCGGCGUUCAAGAAGUGUUAUCAGAAAUCACUAAUCAGAAAACCGUGCCCAAUAUUUUUGUGAAUAAAGUGCACGUGGGCGGAUGUGACCGAACGUUCCAGGCACAUCAGAGCGGCUUGUUGCAGAAGCUCCUUAAGGAAGACUCAGCGUAUGAAUACGACAUCAUUGUCAUCGGCGGUGGUUCUGGUGGCCUUGCGUGUGCAAAGGAAGCUGCCAUUUUGGGAAAGAAAGUUAUGGUGCUAGACUUUGUGGUCCCGUCACCUCAGGGCACAUCCUGGGGUCUUGGGGGCACCUGUGUAAACGUAGGCUGUAUCCCUAAGAAACUCAUGCAUCAGGCGGCCCUUUUAGGGCAGGCGUUGCAUGACUCGAGGAAGUUUGGCUGGGAAUAUAAUCAGCAAGUGAAGCACAACUGGGAGACCAUGGUGGACGCGAUUCAGAACCACAUCAGCUCCCUGAACUGGGGCUACCGGCUGUCCCUGCGGGAAAAGGCUGUGACCUACGUCAAUGCCUACGGAGAAUUUGUUGAACAUCAUAAAAUAAAGGCCACCAAUCGAAAAGGACAGGAGACGUGUCAUACUGCCGCAACAUUUGUCAUAGCAACAGGGGAAAGACCGCGGUAUUUAGGGAUCCAAGGAGAUAAAGAGUACUGUAUUACGAGCGAUGACCUUUUUUCUCUGCGUUACUGUCCUGGCAAAACGUUAGUAGUGGGGGCUUCGUACGUUGCCCUGGAAUGCGCAGGAUUCCUUGCUGGCCUGGGCUUGGAUGUGACAGUCAUGGUGCGCUCGAUCGUUCUUCGUGGCUUCGACCAGGAAAUGGCGGAGAAAGUGAGCUCCUACAUGGAGCAGCAACACGGCGUCAAGUUCUUAAGAAAAUUCGUACCCGUGAUGGUUCAACAGUUGGAGAAAGGUUCACCCGGAAAGCUGAAAGUAGUGGCUAAAUCCACUGAGGGACCGGAAACCAUUGAUGGAAUAUAUAACACGGUUUUGUUAGCAAUUGGUCGUGAUUCCUGUACCAGGAAGAUAGGCCUGGACAAGAUUGGCGUCAAAAUUAAUGAGAAGAACGGCAAAAUCCCUGUCAACGACGUGGAGCAGACCAACGUGUCCUACGUCUAUGCCAUCGGGGACAUUUUGGAGGGGAAACCGGAACUCACCCCUGUUGCCAUACAGGCCGGAAAGCUACUGGCCCGGAGGCUUUUUGGAGGCUCUUCAGAAAAGUGUGAUUAUAUUAAUGUUCCAACCACAGUGUUCACCCCUCUGGAAUACGGUUGCUGUGGACUCUCCGAAGAGAAAGCGAUCGAAGUCUAUAAAAAAGAGAAUCUAGAAGUGUUUCAUAGUUUCUUCUGGCCCCUUGAGUGGACAGUGGCUGGCAGAGAAAACAAUGUUUGCUAUGCAAAGAUAAUCUGCAAUAAACUGGACCACGAUCGGGUGAUAGGAUUUCACGUCCUCGGACCAAACGCCGGGGAGAUGACCCAGGGAUUUGCAGUCGCGAUGAAAUGCAGGCUCACAAAACGGCAGCUUGAUGAGACCGUUGGAAUUCACCCCACAUGCGGGGAGGUGUUCACAACCUUGGAAAUCACAAAGUCAUCGGGGCUGGACAUCACGCAGAAAGGCUGCUGAGGAUAGCCCGGCUGCCGUCGGGUCUCCCUUGUCACCGUGUCAUUCUGAGCCGUGCUCGUGACCCUGGCUCUGUUACUCGGGGACCAGCACCGGUGCGAAAGUGGACAGGGAGACGGGACAGCAGCAGGCGGCAGCCCUGUGGCUCGGGUGACUGUGAGACGCAGCUACGCUGCUUCCUUGACGCCUUAGCUUGGAACCUCGUUGUCACAAGGUGAGCUAAGGCCGACGACUCUUGCAUGUCAGAACCGAGCCUCCUACUGAGGCGCCUUGGAAUGGCCCGAUUUAUCCUGCGUUAACCCCCCUGGUAGCUAAACUUGAUCCCCUUUGCUUUCUGUUUCUACGACCAUAUUUUUUUGCAGUUCUGGAAGCAACUAGAAAGGAGUUGCCCACCGUGUGCACGUGGAUUUCCCACGUGCUCACGGGGGACGGCGUCCGUGCAGGUGCGGGGGGGGGUGGCCGACGGCAGAGGGCUGGGACGCGGGGACAGAGCCGACCGCCACACACCGCGUGGGUCGCGGUCGUCUCGUUCCAACCUCCCAUCAAAAUCCUGCCUCACUCGCUUCCCGACGGUAAUGACCUUGAAGCCGUUCUCCUCUCGUCGUUAGUAUCUCUAGACCGAGCAAAAGCAUCUCACUCCAGGGAAAAGCACUUGAAUUUCUUUUUCUUGUUGAUCCUACCAGUAAUAUUAAA